UAUGGCAACAUUGACGUAGCUGUCACUCAUCUUGCUUACUGUCUGUCUCGACCCGACCUGUGGUCUAGACCACAAACCAAUAACCCAAUCAAAUCUUUAACAAUGGCAGAUGCGAAGCAAGAAAUGAACAAUGGGACAUCUCAGUCACGAUCUGUGCUGGCAAAACCUCGUCUUGGUGCUUUUGGUUCCUCUGGGUUUGGAGCUAGUACUUUUGGGUCCAUAUUACGUCCAUCCCAGCUGAAACCAGGGACCAAUCCAUUUCUUAAAGUCACUGACACAGAAGAGGCUGAAAAGAAAGAGAAAGCUGAUAAUGAAACUGAAAAACCUAAAGGAGAAGAAAGGCUUACUGAAAGCAAGGAGGAUGCUCCCAAAUUUGUACCUCUUGGUGCCACAAGCAGUGCUCCGAGAACCUCCACACAAGUCCCAGCACCCACACAGCCUGCUUCUGGGACAUCGGGGUUUGUCUUUGGACAGAAUUUAAGUGAGCGAGUGGUUAUUCAAGACAGUGUUAAUAAUGGGGAUGCUGGGCCGUCAGAACACAGUAUGAAGAAUGGUACUUCUGAGCUACUGUUUACAAGCGCAGCUGCUUCUGUUAAGGAAAAUAGUCAGGAGUCGGCGGGGAGCAGCUCGGCGGUCAGCACGAGCGACAGCGGCGCGGGGCUGGCGGCGGCCGCCGCGGAGUACGAGCGCGCGCAGGCGCGGCCGCCGCCGCCCGCCGUCACCACCACCACGGGCGAGGAGGACGAGAUCAAUGUGCUGCAGCUAUCAUGCCGCCUGUUCGCGUGGGAGGCGGGCAGCUGGCGCGAGCGCGGGCGCGGCGUGCUGCGGCUCAACGACGCGGCCGGCGGCGCCGACGCGUCGCGGCUCGUGGCGCGCGUGGCCGGAUCGCUGCGCGUGGUGCUGAACACGAAGAUCUGGCCGGACAUGGUGGCGGAGCGCGCGGGCAGCAAGUCGCUGCGCAUCACCGCCACCGACGCCGCGCACCAGGUCAAACUCUUCCUUGUCAUGGGUAACCCCGGCGACAUCGUCCAGCUUCACCGCGCUGUGCUAGCGCGCAUCUCGCUCAGCAAGCGCGCGGGCGACGCGGCCUCCCGCCUGCGCGACGCGCACGAGACUGGCGAGUGCGCCGCGCACCGCCUGCACGCGCCGCCCCGCGUCGAGGAUGACCGUGACAGGAAUACUGAAGACAAAGAUGGUGACUCAGAAAGCAAAGACGACGAAACGGAAGACAAGGAUGGUGAUGCGGAGGACAAGAAUAGCAAUCCGCUCAAGAGAAAAGAACCGGUCGGCGAUGAAACCUCCCCUAAGAGACAGUGCCCCGAUAUUCUAAUAGAGUGAUCCGGCCCGCGGUGCCAAGUGAGAGACACAGCCUUGCAGCUCUAGAGUUCGUAGAAUUGUGGGGUUUACCCUCGUUUGCCCUACAUACUCUUUGAUCUAAUAUAACGUUUCGUUGAAUUUUGACCUUAUAUAUUUUUUCCUUACAAAGGAUAGAACAAACUUAACCUAAUAUAUAAAUAUAUGUAAAUGUGAAAUUAUUCUGUUAUGGAAAUAACAUAUAAGAUCAAAUUUGAUGUUCGACGAAACAUUAAAUUCGAUAAAUAAUUUUCGGCCAUCCGAGAGAUAUGCAAAUUGUGAAUACGCGUAGGGUUAUUUAAUGUUUAAAUCGAUGCGCUUGUUCAAUUAGUUCUUUUAAAAAAUUGGGCCAACUGCCCGUAUCGCUAGAAAUAGCUGAAAGAAUCAUACUAUACGCCAGUAACUACAGUUACAUCAUCAUAAAAAUAUAGUAUGCUUUCAACUACUUUCCUACGUAUGGCUGGUAAACUAGGUAAAUAGUCAUAUCUAGCAGGGAGCUUGGGAAAGGCAUUUUAUUUUGUGUAGUACAAAAGCGUGAAGUGCGAUUCGUCUCACAUUCCUGAAGAGAGCAAAUUACAGAUGUUCGGCCGGAGCUGGAUGCCAAAUAUGUGUAAUAAUUGUUUAAAUUCUGAUCGAUCAUACAAUAAAUAAUUAAGACUAAUAAAGAGUAUUCAUAUAAAAACACCUUCCCAUCUGUAAAGUUCCAAAGUAAGUAAAACGUGUAUUGGGUUUAACUGAAGCUCAUGUUGUAUUAAAUAUAUAUUUAGAUAAACGCUUUAUAAAAAAAGUAUGGUAGACUGGGGACAAUUGGAACAAUUUAUGUUCAACUGCCUGUAACUCUUUUAUUUUUACAGCUAGAAAGACAUGCGCCUAUAUAAUUAAAGGUAAUUUAUUUAUUUCUUGAAUAAAAUGUGUUUGAAAAG